CUCCUUGCUUCCACUGCCUAACAUUUACCUCUCCCCCUAAGAAAGAUGUUGAAUUCGAAGUUAUUUGCUAAGCCUGGAAGUGAAAGUGAAAAUGGAAGUAGCACCGAGGAAGAGUUAGAUGAGGUUCAAGAUACCAAUACUGCUGGUGGUGCAUCUCGUUAUCUUCCAGGUGGCAGUGACACUGAUGACGGUGAUCUCCCUAAACGUGUUGUUCAGCCAGGCAAAGACAAGCGUUUUGAGGAGAUGGUCCAUACCGCUGAGCAGAUGAAGCAUGCAAUGAAUAUCAAUAAUUGGGUUAGUCUACUAGAGAACUUUGACAAGAUCAACAAGCAGCUGGAGAAAGUUAUGAGGAUUAAAGAGGCUGUGAAGGCUCCAGUCUUGUACAUCAAAACCCUUGUCAUGUUGGAAGACUUCUUAAAUGAAACUACUCUGGAAGCAAAGAAUGAGAUGAGCCACAGUAACUCCAAGGCUUUGAACUCAAUGAGACAGAGGUUGAAGAAGAACAAUAAGAUGUAUGAAGAAGAGAUCAAUAAGUAUAGAGAGUCUUCGGAAACCGAGGAAGCGAAGGUAUCAGAGGAAGAGUUGUGUAAUAAGGAUCCUAAAGAGAUCACAUGGGAAUGGAUCAACCGAAAACUCAAAGAAGUUGUGUCUGCACGUGGAAGGAAAGGAACUGCUAGAUCUGAACUGAUUGAUCAGCUCACACACCUGAUGAGACUGGCCAAAACUCCAGCGCAGAAACUCGAGAUCUUGUUCGGUCUUGUCUCCGCACAGUUCGAUGUGAAUCCUGGUCUCAACGGACACAUGCCUAUCAACGUCUGGAAGAAGUGUGUGAACAACAUGUUUACAAUACUUGACAUUAUUGUCAAGUACGAUAACAUCGUCGUCGAUGACACGGUUGAGCAAGACGAGAAAGAAACGUCGAAACCAGAAGACUAUGAUGGGAAGAUUCGUGUCUGGGGGAAUCUUGUUGCAUUCGUGGAGAGGAUAGACGCUGAAUUUUUCAAGAGUUUGCAGAGCGUUGAUCCUCAUACACGUGAGUAUGUGGAGAGGUUGAGAGAUGAGCUGGUGUUUUUAGCUCUAACUCAAAACAUACAAGACUACUUUGAGCGGUGUGGUGACUUUAAAUCUGCGGCAAAGGUGGCGUUAAGACGAGUUGAGUCACUUUACUACAAGCCUCAGGAAGUUUAUGACGCUAUGUGGAAACGAGCUGAGCAAGAAGAUGAUUGUAAUGGGCCUGUUGUUCCUCGUAAGCCUACUUUUCCAGUGAGUAGUCGAGCUAUGAUGGAUGGUCUCGUCUCACUUAUUUACAAAUAUGGAGAUGAAAGGACUAAAGCACGUGCGAUGUUAUGUGAUAUCUACCACCAUUCUUUAAUGGACAAGUUCGGAACUGCUAGGGACUUGUUGCUGAUGAGUCAUCUUCAGGACAAUGUUCAGCAUAUGGACAUCUCAACGCAGAUCCUCUUUAACAGAUCGAUGGCUCAGCUUGGUCUCUGCGCAUUCCGAGUUGGAAUGUUUACCGAGGCUCACAGCUGCCUCUCUGAGCUGUGUUCUGGUCAAAGGGCGAGGGAAUUGCUUGCUCAAGGUGUCUCCCAAAGUAGAAAGGAGAAGACUCCUGAACAGGAAAGAUUGGAGAGGAGAAGGCAGAUGCCGUAUCACAUGCACAUAAACCUUGAGCUUCUUGAAGCUGUUCAUCUCAUAUGCGCCAUGCUACUGGAAGUCCCUAACAUGUCAGCCAACUCUCAUGAUGCCAGACGCAAGGUGAUUAGCAAGAAUAUCCGUCGCCUGCUUGAGAUCAGCGAUAGGCAAGCAUUCACUGCUCCUCCUGAGAACGUCCGUGACCAUGUCAUGGCAGCAACUCGAGCUCUCACCAAAGGAGACUUCGAAAAAGCUGUUGAGGUUUUAAGCUCUCUUGAUAUAUGGAAACUGCUCAAGAAUCGCGAAACCGUUCUUGAUAUGGUGAAGGCUAGGGUCAAAGAGGAGGCGUUGAAGACUUAUCUCUUAAGAUACUCAGCCUCUUACGAGUCCCUACGUCUAGAUCAUCUUGCUAAGAUGUUUGGUCUCUCUGAGAAUCAAGUCCACAGCAUCGUGAGCAAGAUGAUGAUCAGUGAAGAACUCCAUGCAUACUGGGACCAACCUACACAUUGCAUCCUCUUCCACGAUGUCCAGCACAACAGGUUGCAAACGUUGGCUUUCCAGUUAAUAGGAAAACUUGUUGUUCUUGCGGAGAGUAAUGAAAGAGCAAUGGAGGUUAGGACCGGUGGAUAUGGAGGAAGAGGUGGAACAGAGAACAGGGGAAUGCAGAUGGACGUCACGAGCCGUAUGGUAAGUCUCAGCCGAGGUGUUCGUGCGUAG